AGGGGCCAUCCUGUCCCCCCCACCCCUGCAUCCUCCCCUGGUCAGAAACUGCAGUCCCUGCCCUAUCCUGAGACACCUUCACCCCCAAACGCCCCAUCCUCUCCGUCCUUGCCCCAACGGCCAAAGCCUCACCCUUCACCAUCCCCAUGAAGAUGCCCCGCGCCCUGGCCCUCACUGCCCUCACCCUACUUGGGAUUCCGCCUAGGCCCGGGGCUAUUUUGAACAUCUUGUAGCCUAGACUGAGCCACCGCGGGAGCGCAGGUAAGGAGGGCACCUACUGGGAGGGAAGUUAAUUAAGCCCUUGGGCUGAGACCCAGAAGGCACGCGGAAUGUGGCUCGCUGCCACAGCGCCGGUGCCGUUUGUCCUACAGCCGGUCCCUGGACCCAUAACUAUAUCCUGAAAACACCCCCAGCAGCCCGGAGGAGCUGUCAGGUGGGCCAAGGGGAAAGUGAGGUCCUGAGCUAGAAACAGUUCCACGAGAAGCCUAAUUCAGACGGGGAGAAAAGGCUCCGCAGCGACAGUCCUUCUUGGUCCCUAGGCUCGGCUUUUACUUUUCUCCCGGACUCAGCAGCUCUGGGGGCGUGGGGGAGGGGGGAGGUCUGUGCGUGUCCCUGCGUCCACUUCCACCACCACCCCCAUCCGUCCCCCAGCAGCUACCCGGGAGCGUGUGGCGGAACGUCGGGGUUCUUGGGAAGGUGGAGCUCUUGGAGGGGCUCCGGCACUUAGCCACUACAUAUAGGCUUCCUGGGCUUCAGCUUGGAAUGGGCCAACUGUCAUACAAACUUUUCUUUCUUUUGGGCCUGUCUCCUGUUAAGCUGGAUCUCCCUAAAACUGACACCUCGGGAGCCUGGCAGCGCACGCAGCGGCUCCGCCAGGCGCAGCUGAGUGCCGCCUGCAAGAGGCCCAGGCUCUGGCAGGCCAGCAGCCUCCUCCUGCCCAAGCCGGUAUCUCGGCAGCUGCUGGUAGAGCCCAACCACCGCCUGCUGUUCUGCGAGGUGACCAAGGCCAGUUGUUCCGACUGGAGGCGGGUGCUGCUGCUGCUGCUCGCCCUCAACCUGAGCCGUUGGGACCCCGCCGAGGUGCAGUCGGACAAGUUGCACCACACACGCCUCAGCUCCUUCCAGCGCCGCGACUGCGACCUCAUGCUGAACCACUAUAUCCCGGUGCUGGUCACCCGGCACCCGCUGGAGCGCCUCGUCUCUGCCUACCGAGACAAAUUCCUGCACUCGGAGCCCUACUACGUGCACCUGGCCGCCAGCAUGCGCACCGCCGUCCGCGGGUCCGGUCCGUCCCGGGCCCAGCAGAACCAGCGCAACCUCACCUUCGCCGAGUUCGUGACUUUCGUUCUGAGGCAAUCGCCGGCCACGUGGGACGUGCACUGGAAGCCCAUUGAGCUACUGUGCUCCCCGUGCCGCGUUCGCUAUGCCGUGCUCAUCCGCCACGAGAGCCUAAGCUUGGAGGCGGCGCACGCGCUCAGCUUCCUGGGAAUCCCGAGCCCGGGACUCUUCCCUUCCAGCAAGGUGUACCAGAGCGAGAGCCGCACGGGCCCCCAGCUCACCCGCCACUACCCCCGGCAGCUCAGCCCCGAGCAGCAGAGUGGCCUCUACAGCCUCUACUUCCUAGACUUCACCCUUUUUGGGUACCAUCCGCUGACCCCCUGAUCAUCCGCCUCCCCUGGAUGGGAGCUGGAGGCUGGCAGACCCCAGUUGGAUUCAUUUCUACCCAACAAGCCUUUGCUGAGUUACUCCAGUGCCAAGCGUUGUGCUUGGGGGGAGGGGUGGUACAGGGGCAAAAUAAAACCAAUCCUUGCCCUCAAGGAGCUUACACUGACCUGAGUGUAAAACCAGAGGUACACAGAUAUAAGAGAGAAGGACGAAAUAAAGCAAAAGCAAAUGCACUGAAA